AUGGACCCGCCGGAGGAUGAAGCUCUGCUGGAGAACCAGACCGGACAUGGAGAGGAGCCGAGCCCGGGAGCAGCGCGCCCCGCCUGGGCAGUGACGGCGCUGGCCAGCGUGCUGAUCUUCACCACGGUGGUGGACGUGCUGGGAAACCUGCUGGUCAUCGUGUCCGUGCUCAAGAACAAGAAACUACGAAACGCUGGUAGGACGCUCAGCGUGUGUGUGUGUGUGUGUGUGUGUGUGUGUGUGUGUGUGUGUGUGUGUGUGUGUGUGUGUGUGUGUGUGUGUGUGUGUGUGUUCAAACAUAAAGGUGAUCAUACAUGUUGAGUGCGCCGUAAUGACACUCCGAGCUGAUCUGCUAUUGAUCUGAUCGAUGCUCUCUCACUGAGGAGGUGUGUCUGUCUGGAUAAUAAACAAGCUCACGUGCUGUCUGAUACAAAUAUGAAUGUGUGCACGUGAAUGAGCUGAGCCUGUGUGAAUGAAUGAAGCUGCAUAUGAGUGAGGAGUGUUCAAAAAUAUCUGCUCAUUCAUUGAUUCUCUGAUUUAUGAAUGAAUGUUUUCUGGCUCAUUCAUCACUGUUCGACUUAACUUCAGCUUUACCAACCAUCAUUAAUCCAUCUAUUAUUCAUCCAUCCACCAUUCAUUCAUCCAUCCUCUGUGUGCAGCUUCACGCCUGUAGAUUUUGGCACAGGUUUCUUGCAUUUUGGAGCUGUUGUCAGAGCUGAGAGUGAUUGAGACACUUGGACACAUACACCAUGAAACCAGAUACAUUGAUACCUAGCUGUGUGUGUGUGUGUGUAUGCAUGUGUGUUUGUGUGUGUGGAUUUAGUGAAUGACUGCUGUCAUGUUGUUGUAUACUGACAGCUGACAAUAAACUGAACAUUUUCAAAAGUGCUUCUCUCAGAUAUAAAAAGCUUGCACGGCUGAAACAUAACCUCUAUGGGGUUGAUGAUACACCACAUCGAUUAAAUAAUGGAAGUAUAGAGCAGCUGAUGUAUAAUGGAAACAGAUUGAAACACAUAAAUAAGUAAGAGCAAUGCCAGGGACAAUCAUAUCACACACCUCCUAUCAAGUCAACACACAGAAAGCAGCAUUAUAUAUUUUUUUAAUAUUGAUAACAAUUCAUUUGGUAAGCACAAAAUUUGAUGUUGGUGAUAAAUGGUUCACUAGUCACCAGAAAAGAAGACAAGAGGAGGAAAACAACAUAAAAGUAACGAGGGAUUUUGAAAUACGCUGGGGGCUGAAUAACAUAGACAUCUGCCAAAGUGAAGAAAACAAACAUGGAGGUAAGCCACUACAAACCCCAACACAGUAUGGGCUUUGGUGGUUUUGAAGGACUAGUUGAGUGGGGAGUAAAUGCUAACAGAAAGGUUAUUGAGAAGAGGAUCUUAUACAGGGGCUGCUGCUAUUUUCUGCAUCAAAUUGCUAAGGAAAAAAAUAAUCGGAUUUUACCAUGGAUGAAAAUAUCAAGUUUUAUAUUAAUUCAACCUGCAAAGAAGCGGACAAGAAUCCUUAAACUAUAUCAUGACAAAAAAUUUCAUUUUUAAAAAACUUAAAGAGGGGAUCAUUAAAAAAUUAUGUCUGAAUAAGGCGACAUUCUCUGCAGCACACUACAUUUUCUUGAACCAAUUUGAUGCAAACUCUGAGUAAGCCACAAGGUAAUUUACACCGUUUUUUGGCAAGUCUUGUGAAUCUUUCAGCAUACUUUAUGGCUUGUAAAUGCUAAACAGACUUUGUUUAGGUAGCAUUUUCUCGAGGUCAAAGUUUUCUCAGCUCAAAGUCACAUUCACCUAUUCACAUAAAAUUCACAUACUAAUGGCAGAGGCUGCUAAGUAUGGAGCCCAUCAGCUUUUGACUAAUCCCAUUCACACACCUUUGGGUGCAACCGGUGUUGUCAAGUGUCUUGCCCAAGGACACUUAAGCAUGUGAACCGCCCUGGGAUUGAUUCCCCGACCUUCUGAUCAGCAGAUGACUGAGUCAGUUUGUCAGUUGUGCUGACUCUGAGGCUGUACUUCCUGUGAACCAAAGUGUCUUCAUGAAGACUUAUAGCCCUGUGUCCAUUGUAUUACAAUGGGAUGAUGUAUGUACAAUAGGUGACCAUGCUCAGGCCCCAGCUGACCCUGGAGUAACAUAAGCUCAGGCCAGCAGGGGGCAAACAUGCUUUGGCACAGUAGCUUUGCCUAAUGCAUCCACAUUUAUCAAAAAGUUGCUAUGAAGGUCAUACAGGUACAAUAAUUAUAUUCAUAAUGAUAUAUUUGAGGAUUAAGGUUUUAAAAACACAUAAAACAGAAAGCCCCAUGAGUAAAGGUAAGUUAAAUAUUUAAUGAUGCAUUGUGUUUUUCCAGCAAAGUUGGGCGUCAAAAACAGCAACUCUCACUUUCUGUUUUAAGCAUCAUCACAUUAUUUAAGCAUUUAAUUAAACUGUAAUAAAACCUAAAAUGAUGAAAACAUCAUACAAUACUUUGGUACUGAAGGAAAGGAUUUGCCAGGACUUCUAUUUUCUUGUCCUGAAUACAAAAACGUAUCUGCCUGUCCAUUUACAAAGACGCUGUUUGUUGAAUCCGUGGUGAACAGACAGACCUUCACCAUCAUCUUUAUCAUCGUCAUCAUCAUCCUCAGGCCUGCUCACAGUGAACAAAUAGAAGGAGCUCCUCAGAUGUUCUAAUUAGAAAUACCAGAUUAGAUAUGCUGCAUGAACACACACCCCACCCCCACCCUCUCUGAGAGUGCUGGGUAGCCUGACUAAAAACACCCUCUGUUUCUGCUCUGAGAGCUGCAGACUGAGACACCAGCAGAGAGUCUGAGGCUGCUAAACAGACACCCUAAACAGACCCAUUUACUGGCUCACUCACCUGCUCUGCUCAGCUCUGACUCUCCUGCUCUGUCUCUCCUUUUCUCUCUCCUGCUGUGGCUCUUCUGCUCUGGUACCUACUCUAACUGCCUGAGAGGCAGAAUCCACCAUGCAGACAGGAAGGCACAGAAAUGUCAUGCACACGCUUUUUUUUUCUGCACUCAAAUAUUUGGCCCUGUCAAGGUUUCUCUUUGACACUCAGGUAGAAAGAAGCAGUGAGGGGCUGCAAGCUGAGCUGAAGCUUCCAUGACUUUGGCUUGCCCUUGACUCCCGAGGUCAAAGUCAAAUUAACCUGAGGGUUUCAAUUUGCUCUCAAACUGAUAUACUGGUUGAAAUUAUUAGCAUGACAUUUUUAGAAAUCAGAGUUUAUAUCCACACAGCACAUCUAGAUAGGCUGCAAGUUUAGCUGUCUUUGACUGCACAUUAGGCUCUUUGGAAGUACUCUGCUUGUUUAAAGGGUUAGGAUCCUGCAUUGUUCUUCAGAGGAGGUUUUUAUCAGAAGCUCAAAUUCGACGGGAGCGAAUUUGUGAGGCGAAUAAUUCCCUUUUAUUAAAACCUAUUGAAGUCAAUGCGACCUUACACACUGGCAGCGAAAAUUUUGCGAAGCGAAAAAGCGACAGUUAUUUAGCCCUAGCCCUACUCUGCAUUCAUUCAUCAUGACUGAGGGCUUCAUCAUUAUUCUGCAGGAGCGCCGUGCUUUAAGGGACAAGUCCCUUAAAAUAUUCCACGACAUUCUCCUCAAAGAAAAUAUAUGGCAGGAAAUAGAAGACCUUAACUUACCUGGUAAGUAUAUUCAUGUUAUAUCAAUCCUCAAACAUGGAUGUGUAACGUAGCUAGCACAAUAUGAAGCUAAGCUAUCUAACUAACCAGCUUGGGGCAUCGAGACAUCAUCACUUGAGGAUGUAGUCGACUCCAUUCUUUCUCCUUCAGCACAAAAGAAAAAGCGCCAAACUUUAUUCGCUUAGCAGAUUUUAUUCGCAAAAUUUGCCAGCUAAACAUUCGCCAUUAUCCUGUCUCUUAUGCGUCGCCUCGCCUAUUGCCCAGUGUGUAAGGACCUUUACUCUUUAAAACAAAAUGACAUGGUGAUUAAAAAACAUUCUAGCUCUGAAUAAAACAGCUCCAGUUUAAAAAAAUGUUGCCCAUUGUAACAGGAGCUUUUUGCAGCCAGUGUCAAUGCAGAUGUUGCAACACACACGUUUAACUUGUUAAUCAAACUUCAAAGACCCCUAUACCACAGCCAGUCAAUGCAGCUCCAUGUGUUUUGGCUUCACUUUUGAGGAGCUCUCUUUUCAUCCAUCUUUUUACACAGUCUUAUGUUUUAAUUUUCCUGCACAAACUCUUCAUCUUUUCCCACCCUGUAUUGUGUCAGUUUUUCACCUAUGUUAAACUGCAGAUCAGUCUGUCACUCUUCAUCUUGUCGGUGUGUAUGUCCUGACAAACUUCUCUUGGAUCAGCUCCCCAGUCGCUCUCUGUGGCUGUGCUGCGUGAUUAUUCUCUGUCGGCUGCAAAGGACUGCAUGAUGCAUGGACUGUUCUUUAUGUAAUGACAACACAUACUUUAAGUCUCAUCUCAGUGGUUUCAGAGACAUGUUUUGUUGGAAGUAUUCCCACAAUGGAGCCAAAAGAAGUUUUCUAUUCCCCAAACAGGCACUGACCUCGCUGUUCAGCACAGAGAAAAGAAGGAAAACUCAGCGAAUAAAGGUCAGCUCUUCAGGCUGGUCUUCACAUUUGAACAGACUCUGACAGAGUGAAAUGUGCAGAGCACUCAGCUGACAGCUGGAGUCUAAUGAAGGGAUGAUAUCAAACUGCAUUAUGAGAAAGCUAGGAUCUGUUACCUAUAAAGCUUUAUGACUCACUUAGUAUUUAUUCCAUUGUAUCAACACUCUGCUGCACUGAUGUAUCUCGCUGGCCUGCUGCUGCCUGUCAGACACUUUCACUUCUUUAGGUUCAGACUAAACUCACAGUCCUUUACAACACUAACACACUGCUACUAUCAGUUCGGUAAGGGGAACAAUAAAUCAAUGUGUGGGUUGGUUCCUAUAGCACUGAGUUUGUGAUACUGGGGUAUUUCCUCAGUUUGUGGAAGAGUAGAACAUAUUUGGGUAUAAACCUACCCCUGUGUGUGUGUGCAUGCGUGCGUGUGUAUAUGUGUGUGUGUGCAGAGACAUACUAUAGGCUGAGAAGAAAAGAGAUUGUAUGAACCUUUUCUUGGCUUUUUUCUGUCUUACCCUUGCAGCUGCAAAGCAUGAUGUUGUUUGUACAGCAAUGCAACAACCUAACAUAAACUAGCUUGCAGUUGUUUCUACAUCACAUUCAUUUGUCUCAACAGCUGUUUUCAAUUGGCGCUUAACUCCUAUCAAUGUCCUGUAAAUUUUGGGGUGAGCUGCAUAUGUGAGCUGUUUCACUUUUGUUUCUGUUCCUAGCAUCUUUUUUUGGCUCCAAUCUGAUGGGAAAACCUUCAUCCAUGUGAGGGAUGUGUGAGAAAAACAACUUUGAGAAAUUUCAGGGGCAGAAUUUUCCUGAAGUUUUUUAGAGAGCACUUAUGAAAAGAGCUUAAAGUCAAGUGGCAACCUCUAAUGAUCUAUAUGAAACCAAUGCUUUGGUCCACCUUAUGUUGUGGACUACAACAUUUACAGUUUAGUGACAGAAAUAUUCAGACUGAGGAUUCUCAGUCAUCUUUGGACAGCUUGCUGCUGCAGCAGAUCCUCUUUAACCACAUCAAGAUCCUCCUCAUUCUGGGUUUUUGGACCUGGACCUGGACUUCCACGGCCUCAUUUGGAGUCUGAAGAGCUGGCUCUGUGGUGGACUGCUCAUCCAUAGCCUCAUCCUCCAGGACUGCAGCUGUGAUGGGAGCUUCAGUGGGCAGGAUCACAGGAGGUGAUGGAGUUGGCACCAUCAGGGUCUGGGUUGUUGGUUCAUCCUUGGUUCCUGGCUCCUCAAUUUUGUCCACAUCCUCCAGGUCUGAAACUAGGACUGGAGGUUCAUCCUUGGUUCCUGGCUCCUUAAUGUUGUCCAAACCCUCCAGGUCUGAAACCAGGACUGGAGGUUCAGCUGGCAGGUUGACAGGAGGAAGAUGAGUCUGGACUGACUCAGAGAAUAGUGGCUCAGUUGAAAUACUCUGGCUGGCGAUGGAUGGCUCAUGAGGAUAGACUGCAGGGGACGGUGGAGAAUCCUCCUUGGCAGGUUCUGCUUCCUGGCCUGGCUCUUGGUUGUUGAUGGUAUCAUCAGUAUUAGGUUCAAACAGUGUUGGAGGCUUUCCCAAAGCAGGCUCUGGAUCUCUGGUGGACUCCUCCUCCUCAUCCUUGCCCUCCAGGACUGAAACUGUGGCUGUAGCUACAGCUGGCAGGGUCUCAUAAGAACAUGGAAAUUGCUCCACAGAGUCCAGUUCACUGCUUGGUUCUGGGUCCUUGCUGUCUGGCUGUACUGAGUCUGUGACUGGAGGUUCAGCAGUCAGGGUUUCAGCAGGAGUUGGGAUUGGUGUAGCCUGGCUGAUAUUUGCCAGCUCCUGAUCAGCUGUUUGACUCAGUUGCUCGAACAGCUGACGGAUGGACUCUGCUGAAACCCUUUUGAUAAUGUCGAACACCUCCUCUUCAAAACAGUUAUCCUUCCUCCUCAGAUAGUCUAAAGGGAACAUCUGCCUCACCUCUGCUUCGAUGGCCAGGACCAUGUUGUCUCUUACAGACUGAGAUAGGUGGCCUGAUGAAGAGUUGAAAGGGAAAAAGAGACACAAUCAAGGGUGGCUUUUGUGACUCCAACAGCCAUCUCACUCAGCUUCUCUGAGGGCAUUUUAUGGCCGAUGCUUCUUUUAGGUUUCCAGAAGACCUGAAGGACUUUAGGAACCAGUUCAGUGACCAUCUCAGACCCAAACUCUGACAGACAGGAGCCCUCUGCAGCUGCUCCAACAGAACCUGUGCGUAUUCCCGGGCUUUGCUUUGGAUCUUCGGAUGCUGGUAAGAGGGAGGUAUUGAGUCCGGGGAGUCGAACAGUUUUCUCGCUUCAAAUUCCACGUCUCUUUUUAGCAGGCUGGUGUUGACCUCCCACAACAGCUCCAACAGAGGCCUGACAUCCUUAUCACAUCCCUGCAGCUCAAACUCCCACAGCUGCAUUCGGAGUGACUUCUUGCUGUCCUCCACCAUCAGGUUGGCCAUGUCUUCAGCAGUCAGCUCUGCAGAGAGCUGGUUGUUCUGCUGAAGUUGAAGGAGUUCAACCAUGAGAGCCACCUUGGCUUUAUAUGACCAAAGGUUCUAGCAGAUCUACUUGGCUUCUUUGUACAUUGGUUCCUCAAACAACACCCUAAAUGGCUGGUAGACACCUCUACUGCCUUCAAUAAAUGCCAUGACGAAUCAGAUUCUUGAUGUCCAAGAAGAAGAUAAAGCAGACGCGCACUGGUAACAGUAUCUGUCGUUUGAAGCUACGAACUGCCUUAUAUAUGUUUGUACUCCUCUAGCUGUAUUUAUCCCCACAUGAAAGUUCCUUUGUCUGAAGUCUCAAGUCUGAAUACUGUGGGUACAAAAGAUCACCUAUAUCUAUCUGUCUUGCAGCAAAGAGACAGGAGCCAUCCACCACCAAUGAAUUUUGGUCAUUUAAGGUGUUAUGAAGUGGAUGAUCCAUGUUCCCCAGAAUAGCCUCCAGCUUCCACAGUGUGCAUCUCUCUAUGGUUUAAGCACCCAAAGUAUGGAGGCUAUAGACCUUGAUGCUGCAGUCACUAAUUUGACUCCUGGCCCAGGCAUUCUGCAUGUGCUCCAUAAUUUGCAUGGCUGGCUUUGACCCAGAAGUUGAAGAGUGUAAUUGUGGUGCAGGGAAGCUUUGUAAUAAACUAAACCUCAACGGGAUAAGAGAAAAAGGACAAAGCUGCUUUAUCCUAUGUAUGUAAGUUAUGUAGGAUAUGAGUCAUCCAGUACGAAAGCGGGACAAGUUAACUGGAAACUGAUGGAGUUAUGAUGCCAUUUAUAUAUAAGCAAUUAUCAAUGGAGCAGAAACAUUUAACAUCUGUCAAACAGCCAAAAAUGAUGGUGUCACAGAGUGUAAUCUGAGGACAGCAAGUCUGAAAAGGUCAUCCUGAGAUGGGUGUUUGAGUGUGCUGCUGAAAAACAGAUCGAAGAUAUGUCCAUACAAGACCCAUCAUCCAUCAGAUAGACUGCAGGUUAUUUUAAUGGUUUAAAAAUAUAGUAACUAAGAGUGCUGCACCCAUGAUCAGAUUAUAUAUAUAUUAAUUUUGUUGUUUUAUUGUCAUCGCCAAAAUAAUUUGAUUUUCAGAAAACCAAAUAAGUCUUGAAAGAUGAAAUCACUCAUUUUGAAAAGUAAAGGAUUUUGCUGUCACUGGAAAUGUUGUUGUUUAACCCUACAGAUGAAAAUGCCAAUAAAUGAACUUAUAGUAAACAUGUAGGUCUAAACACCGUGCCUGAUAUAUGGACAUCUCUUCGACAACCAGUUUAAUGACUCUGGCUUAAAAUCUUUGUUUUGCCCCGCAGUAACACACACUGACAACACAGCAUGGCCUAGAGCUGAUCUCUUUAUCCUCCUGCUGAUGUUUGCAGGGCUCUUAAUGUAAAAAUCAAAGACAACUGUCCAGGCCAGUAAUCAUUAAACACUCAGGUGCCUCUGUGACUCAAACUCCCCACAGUCGGUGUCACUCCUCCCUCCCUAGGUUUUACAUGAGCAUAAUGAAUAAUAAAGGUUGGCCCCCUGUGGUCCAGGUGGUUUACCACAAAUGGGAGGAGGGGGUUGUGGGGGUGGGGGUGGGGGGGAUUCAUUGGUAUUCAGAUACAGCUCCAAAGAGUCUCAGAGAUCCCUGAGCUAAUGAAACAGAGCCAAUUAAAGAGGAGAGAGAGAGGACUCCUGAGGCAACACGGGUGAGAGAGCUGUACGUUAUUUCAGCGAGAGCCGGAGAAUACCUUCCUUUCUCUCUGCUUCCAUCUGAAUCUCUCCUGUCACCUUUAUCCAUCUUCACUUUCAUUACUUUCCCCCCUCUCAGUAUUAGAGGUGUUAAACUGAGAGACCGUUUCAAACGACAGGGACAAAAUUUCAUCAACACACAAAUACAUCAAAAUAAAACAAAACUAGGGAUACAGCUGGUUCGCCACAAAUUUUAGAUUUUCCAAGAUGUUUUCUACGAUAACUGGUAGCAGUAGAGGUUGAACUGGUAGUAUAAGUAAUAGAGGUUGUAGUCGUAGUCGUAGCAGUGGUAGUAGGAGGAAGAGGAGGGAAGCAUAUUUACAUUUGUGCAUCGUCACCUAAAUUUAAAAAGUGAUUCUCUUCGUGGACCGAGUUUGAGCUUUUAAUAUCUUGACUGGAGCAGGUCCCCCUGUAUGGAGACUGCCAUCUUGCCUCUCACCUCUUCAUCUCUUCUAAAGCACUGAACAGACAAACUAUAGGUACAUUAGUUUCUCUGCACAGAUAGAAGAUCAUACUUAUCAUGCACCACAGGAGACUCUUGUCCUUGAAGGUCACUGUAGCUUCAUUAAUGAGCAAGGGGACAUUUCAGUCUUGAAUCAGAUGUGGCUACAUUUUUCCAUUUCUACGCAAUGUACCUUUAAAGUGCAGUGACAUGUUACAAGAACAGAUAUUUUUACAUUUGAUGAAUAAUUUGAUAAUGUUUUUAUGCCACUAAUUAACUGUCAGUUUCACACUACAGCGUAAAGUAAGUUGAAUAUGAGAUAGCUCAAAUUGUACGUGGGAACUAGUUAAAUAAAUGUGCUCUCAUUGAGUUAUCUUUUCGUAAUCUGAUUUGAAAUUAAAACCAAAUUAAAUCUGAGUUUACUAAUGAAGGGUAAAAAGGCACUUUAUUCAGUCGCAGAACAAAUCUCUUGUCACAUUACUAUCCAUAAAUAUUCAGUCAUCAUCUACAUAUUAAAUGCUUCAUUAUACCUCAUUCAGGAGGAAAUUGAAAGAAAAAAAAACAUAAUUAGAUCAAGUUAAUGACCCUGACUGAAAAUUAAUUCUGUUGAUCUGUAAUGUUUCUCUCAUGCUAAAUUGAUAUCAGGUCAAAUUACUAAUUUGAAGCUCUGUAUUUUAUUGAAUAUUAAAUUUAAAACCUCAGAUGUAGCUGCAGAUUGUUUGUGAUGAGAGUAUUACUUCACAUCCUGGUGUGUGGGUUUUUAUUUUGAAAGAAGUAGAAACUCUGAUGCUGAAACAGACAUAAUAAAAUCAUUGCACUUUCAUUUAAAUGCUUAAGAAGGAUAUGUUUCAGCGGUUUUCAUCUAUAAUAACUCAGCUCUCAUAUAUCAGUGAUAUAAAGAGUUUAGGGUCCUUCCUGCUGUGAUAAUGUUAUCAAGCUGCUGAAUGACGGCAGUUUAUCAGUUCAGAUCAGAUUCUGUUUUAUUCGGCUAUUAUCUCCUCGAGCUGUUCAACAAUAAAAACACAUGAUUCUGCUCUGUUUUUAUCCAGCCUGUAAAGAUUUUAAUGGCUUCUUCUUGUUAUAAUACUUUAUCCUUAAGUCCCAGACUCUUUUUUGUUUUUCUAAUUUCGAGUUAUUGGUAAUCUGAGUGAAAGCUCCCUCUGUCUCAGGUAAUAUGGUUUUCUUUCUCUUUAGUCUUUUCCCUUUGUCUCCCUGUAUCUCUCUCUUCUCUAGCCUGUCCUCCUCUAUCACCUUUCCCUCCUUCUGAGGUCUCUCUCUUCGCUGUCCCCUUGUUUUAAUGACCUAAAGCUCUCUCUCUCUCUCUCUCUCUCUCUCUCUCCUUCUCCCUGUUUUCACCUCCAGUAAAAGAGAAGCUGUUCAGUCUCACUGGCUCUGACCCAUCUUCCUCAUUAAACUUUUACUGCUCAUUAUGAGUCCCACAUGUGCAGGUCUUAAAGAAGAUAUCCAUCGGAAAUCUGUUGCAGCAACACCAGUUGGUGUCUAGACCAACUAGUGAUUGUAUUAUUUCAUUUGAUUACAACACCUAUAGUUUCCACUGUGACAUGAAACAAAAACUCUUAAACUACGAACACGGAAACUGUUGUCAGACUCUAAUGGAAGGCUGUUUUACAGACAAGUAGAGGUCUGAAUCACUGCUCAGACAUUUGAGAAUAUGCAGCUGAUGGAGCGAGGCUGCAGUGCAUCUUGGGGCAUGUACCCACUGAGCAAAAAGUGGUUCCGAAAACGUUAAAAAGACGUCUUUAGAGGGGCCAGAAUGAACUUUUUUAAUACGUCUUUUCCGAACGCUAUUAUGACGUCAUUUCUGUACCUAUAACAGACGUCCUCAGAGGGGCCAGAAUGAUAGUUUACCGUACGUGGUUCCUGGAUGGCAUUUUUGGUGUGCCUCAGGCCUAGGAAUGACGCUAUAUAGAGGUUUAUAAUUUGGUCUGUCUCAACAUCUAUCCUCGACUAGUUCUGGCUAUCUGCAGACUUCCAGAAUUUGGCCAGGCUGAACAACAUUAUGUUUGAACCAAAUAUGAACCUUAUAUAUGUUCAGAUAGUGGCACAUGCUAAUGUCUAUCUUUGACUAGUUCUGGUUGUCUAAUAACAUCCAGAAUUGGGCCAGGCCGAACUGCUUGUCUCAGUGUCUUUAAUCAACUAAUACCGGAGUCACAAAGAUGUUCAGAUUGUGGCCUGUCUCGACAUCUAUCCUUGACAAGUUCUGGUUGUCUGUAGACGUCCAGAAUUGGGCCAGGCUAAACAACAUCACUUACUGUCAUGUUUCAACUAAAUAUGGACGUUAUAUAGACGUUCAGAUUAUGUACUGAAUGGACCAAUGUGAUAUCUACUUCUGUAGGCACAAGAACUUUUGCUCUGCAUUUAAAAAGUUACAACUUCAUUGUACUACAUUUGACAAAAGCUGUGACAGGGCAUAUACCUGCAGGGAGACAGAGAGGAUGAUUUACUUUUUAGAUUCACUGUCAUGGGUUUGCUCAUAGGUUCAUGAGGACAGUAGUGGACAGUGUUGCAAUACUAUAUACAAUGAAUCACAGAGACUUUGGUGGUAUCUGAAAAACGAGUAAACACCGUCUGUCCUCUCCUGUCUGCGAACUCUAUUCACUCCCUGUGGCUUAGUCCUUUGUACCGCAGAAGAUGGAGCUUCUCUCAGUUAUAAAUUAUGAAUUUAAUCUGCUGACUGUCUGUCUGUCCGCCUGUCUGUCUGUCUGUGUCCUUAUCUGCUCCUCUGUCCUCACCCUGAAACAUUUCUAUUUCUAGCAGUUGUAGGACCUCAUUUUCAAGGCCCAGACACUGAAUGGUGCAAGGACCCCGUAGGAACCCUAAAGAGUAUUUUUGUUAUUUCUUGUUGGUAAUGAAUCUCAUUUUUGGACGCUUCUUUAUACACCAAAAUUCUCAGAUUUUACACAUUCACCUGGUCUUUUAAAAAUGUUCUGUUUUGGUGUCUCGUCUACAACUUUUGACUGUUUGAAAAGUGUAGAUUUAAACAAACUUGACUGGGUGGUCAACUAACUCAGUUAGUGUCUCGUAACACAUUCAAAAUCACAGGUUAUCAAAGGUUUUUGUGGCGUCAAACUAUGUGCCCCUGGUAGUUUUUUAAACUUCAAUGCCUCCCCAUGAAACAGGAAGUAGAUUAGAUUACAUAAAAUUAGAUUAGAUUAGAUUAGAUUAGAUUAGAUUAGAUUAAAGUAGAUUAAAGUAGAGUAGAGUAGAGUAGAGUAGAGUAGAGUAGAGUAGAGUAGAGUAGAGCAGAGUAGAUUUUAUUGAAUUAGAUUAGAUUAGAUUAGAUUAAAGUAGAUCAGAGAAGAGUAGAGUACAGUAGAGUGGAUUAGAGUAUAAUGGAAUAGAUUGAAUUGGAUUGAUUAGAUUAGAUUAGAUUAGAUUAGAUUAGAUUAGAUUAGAUUAGAUUGGAGUAGAUUGGAGUAGAUUAGAGUAGAGUAGAGUAGAGUAGGGCAGAGCAGAGUAGAUUUUAUUGAAUUAGAUUAGAUUAGAUUAGAUUAGAUUGGAUCAGUACAGUAGAGUGGAUUAGACUAUAAUGGAUUAGAUUGAAUUGGAUUGAUUAGAUUAGAUUAGAUUGGAUCAGAGAAGAGUAGAGUACAGUAGAGUGGAUUAGAGUAUAAUGGAUUAGAUUAGAUUAGAUUGGAGUUGAGUGGAGUGGAGUGGAGUGGAUUAGAUUAGAGGUUGGGGAGGUUCCCUUAGAGAAAUUAAAAUGCUGAAAUAUAUGCUGAUUCUUCAGCAAAUCAAAAAUCAACUCUGUGAAAUUCCACUGUUGUAGAUCUUACAUUCACUGUCCAGUCUGCUCCAGAUUACAUAGGUUCUAUGUUAGUCUCAGUCUCAAUUUUUUUAUGCGUACCAUUAGGUCAUGUUGACAGCAUCAUCUUAGAGGGUAUAAACUCCUAUAUUCAGUUUUCAUACAUCUUUUUUAUUUUUAUUAAAAAAAUUCAGAUAAAAUAGCAUCAUAACCACCAGCACUGUGUUCAGACCCAAAUAUCAGUGAUGACUCAUCCAGACAUUCCUGAAUUUUUCAGCCACAUCUCCCUGGAUUUUCUGUUGGAAGACACGAGACAUUUACUCUUCUCAGCAAAGUUUAGCCUUACACCUCCUUAAAGUCAUGAAUGAGACUCCUCCUCACCCUCAGUCUUCCUGAGUCCCCCCCUUGUUUCCUCACGGAGAGAACAGCAGCUCUAUAUUCAGACCAAAGUGACGGAGUUUCUUUCUAUUAAUACCUGAGAGGCUGUUUCUGCAUCUAUAAUUAAUAAACCUGCUGUGAGUCGCUCCCAGACUCUGCUGCUCUCAGAUCAGUGUUUGCUCCAAAACCAGGAGAAACCUGCUGUUCAGGGAGCGUUCAAUCUCCCCCCCGUUAUAUUAUAUAACCUUAAUCUGCCUCUGCAUCGCCCCUGAGCAUAGAGAGGGAGAGAGAGGGAGGGAGGGGGGGAAGGAGAAGGAGGUGAGAGGGAGAGUGGGAGAGUUUGUAUUCCCCUCAGAGAGAGGGACGAGCCUCAGAUGACCCGAGAAUUUAUCUGCUUGUUCCUCCUGCAGCGUGUUGAAUCUGCUUCCUCCUUCUCCCUCUUUCUCCUCCUCCUCCUUGUUAAUCCCUGAUAACCUCCCUUUCUCCUCCCAUCCCCUCUUCUUUCAUCCCUCCUAACCCCCCCUUCCCCUCUUCCUGCAGGUGCUUUAUUUAUUUCAUUCCUCCGGUCUUUGUCUUGUGUAUCCUUUGUUCCUCUGUGACCCUCCUCUCUCUCCUUACAUGCACUAAUGUUCAGAGUGUGAUUCAGUUGCAUCAGAGUUUUUUAAUUACUUCCAGAAAUCAUUCCCAAUUAAAGAAAUAAUUUCACUUUGAGAUCGUUUGUUUGACUUUUUUUUUAUUUUUGGUGGUAGGGGUUAGGAUUAGGUCAUAUGUAACCACUAUGCAACCACUAAGCAAGUAAGACUUCAUAUUGUUUCAACACAACACAGACAUAUUUGUCAACGUUCUCAUCUGGAUUCCCCUAAUGGGGCGCUCACACCAAGUGCGAGUAGAAUCAUCUACUCGCUUAAUUCGCUCGAAUCUAGACGCGUAAAUAAAAAGUAUUUACUCGCUUCAUUCGCACAUCAACGGUAAUUUCAACGGUAAUCCCCGUCAAUUUAACCGGCGGGAUCAAGUGACCUCCUCACUCACUUGCCUCCAGGCAAGCCUAUUUUUAUUCCAGAUUCGGUAAUUGAAAGAAAAGGUAUUAUAUAAUUCAGAACACCCACACUCUGACUCGAUCAGUUUGUCCUCCAUUUUAGAUAUCAGUGAACAACUGUUCAUUUUCAUACAUCAUCCGGCAACCUUUGUGCCGAUUAGUUAUCGCGACAUGAAUAUUUGCGUUAGCGUCUAAUCCGACUUCACGUUGACUUAACAUGUAAUUCAUUCGCACAAGUGAUUUUACUCGUGUUUGGUGUGUGGAGACAGUAAUAGCUGGAUUUAAAGUCAAGAUUGAACUCUCUUUACAGGUUCGGUAUAAAAGCACAGAAUCUGUAGGAGCAGGAUUUUGUUUUUGCAGGUGUUCUGGUCUCUGGUUCUGGUACUGCCUGUAGAACCAUCCAGUAGUGAAUCUGAGAGCAUUACUGGUUCAAGAAAAAGAGUCCAUGCAGUGAGUUGAAGGGCAGAACUUAAUCUGUUGUAAUGUAGAGCUGUACACCAUGAGUACAGUAAUCCAAGUAUGAUGAAGCUCUACAAACAGAAAUUUAAGUGCAGCUAUAGCACUCCAGUUUUGCUUCUCAGGUUGUUUAACAGACUUUAAACAAGGGAAACAUUCAAAAAGACCAGAAAUCUUUAACAACAAGGCACUGGCUUUACUAGAAACCCUGAAAAGUGACUGUGACUCCCAGCAGCAAACAAUAGCUUCAUGGAUAUGGUCAGAUGAACUUCUCACUGCAUCCACCCUCUUAAAAGCAGAGCACUGUUUAAUGACCUUUCAGUAGGGAUCGAUACUUGGAUUUCUCUGAUGGACAACAACUGUUUGUGUUUUUGAUGUGAAAACCUUUAGAGCGUUGCAUAAGAGCUGUGGUUAAAUCCAUCUGAUUUUAACUUGCAUCUCAUACUCAGGCAAUCCCAGGCCUGAUCUGAAGAGGCAAAUGGACAUGACUGGAGUUCUUGAAGAUGUUUUGCCUUUGACUGGAGCCAGAGCUAGAAAAAUAAUGGCGGUAUCAGAGGAAUAGUCAAUCCUUCACAAGCACGGCUAAUUCAGUCACUCAGCUCCUCUUUAAAAUAUGGUCCCUCCUGGCUCUAGAAAACCAUUAUGGCAGCCAUACAGAGCUUCACGAGGGCAGCCAAACCACCCAGUGAUGUGAUACUGUUGGUGGGUCCAUUAUUUAAACAGUCUAUGGUCUCACAGUGAGACUUCCAGUCAUCUGGUCCUCUGCUUGUCCCCCCCCAUCUCUUCUCUCAGAGUCCCGUUUGGUCCAUUAGUGGAGUGUGUGUGUGUGUGUGUGUGUGUGUGUGUGUGUGUGUGUGUGUGUGUGUGUGUGUGUGUGAGUGCAGAUUGAGUCCUCUGAAGGUAAAUAUGAUCAGUGUGUCGUCUGCAGCCUGAUGGAUCUCAGUCCUACAGUCUAAAUUUACUUCACCGAGAGAGCAUUACGUUAGCUGAUAUAUGGAGCCCAUAGACAGCUAAACAGGUUCAUUGUUUAUAAUGUGCCCUCCCACACACAUACACACACACUCAUAUUAUGCACUGUAGGGCGACAGCAGUCUAAACUGCAGGGUGCGAUGUUUAGAGCACUUUUUAUCACAUUAUGGGAAGUUAUUAUAUUACACUGCCACGCUGCAGUGAAUUAUGCAACACUUGUGCGUGUGUGCCAGUGUCUGCGCGCGUGUGUCCUGAUGAGUUGGAGAGCAUCCAACAGAUGAGGUGCCCACUCUUUGACUCCUCCACUCCCCGCUCUGCUUUUACUGAAGGAAUGACGCUCUGUGAAAUAUUCUUGAAAUUAUCACGAUUUUCUGAAAUAAUGAAUGUUUGUUUUGUUACUUUGGUGAUUUCUCAGACGUUAACCUGAAGCAGAGUGGACUGUUGUUGCCUCACAGCUGUGUUGCAUCACAUUACCACCAUCAAACACUGAUGCAAAAGAUCAGAGUCUGACCCUGCGACUGGUGACCAGCCCUGGCUCUGCAGAUCAGAAGUCAGCACCACACACACCCGUUGUGCAUGUGACAGCUCACACCUGAGCCCUCAGCAUCAAACACCAGGUGCCAUAAUGCAAGUAACACUCAGUCAGGCUGUCCCUGAGUCAUCACAGCUCAGUAAACACAACCUGUCCUGUUUAAUGGACCAGCACGCAUUAUCAUGGAGCUGAAUGUGCAGUCGUAAAUCUGCUAUCUGAACUCAGUGAGAAGACACAAAGUGAAAGAAAAACACCACAUGACUUUGAUCCAAAGUUAAAGGUCGUACAGGUUGCAUUAACAUGUUAGAUUAAUCAGUUAACAGUCUUCUUGUUCAUUUAAACUUUCAUUCAAACACUGCUGGUCACAUUUGCUGAUUCUUGUGGCUAAACAGAGCUCUAAAGAAAAUACCAAUGCUGUUAGAGAUCAAAUCUCAGCAGAGAGAUUGUUCUGGAUGGUUUCCAAGAGCAGAGAGUAUGGAUACAUUAAAUCUGAACUUCAUCUUCUCUCUGAGGGAGAUAUAAAUGCUCAGAUGGAGGCUGUUUUCUGUUUGGAUGAUCAAUCUUUUCUGUGCCAGACCUUUUUUGCAAAGAAAACUAUCAUGAUGGCGAGUGAAUAAAAUGGGCCAUGAAGUAAAGGUUACCACUAUGAAGGUUUCAGCAAUCUGCUUCUUAUAUCGGUGUGAGAAAGCAUUGCUUCAUCGCAGCCCUCAUUUCAGCUCAGAUACUGAAUUUUUGCGCCACCUGGUUCCCUCUCCUGUUUCAAUCUGUGUAACCCUAAAAUCCUGAAGCCUGUACUACAUAGCAGGGUUUUGAUAAUGGAGGUAACUCUAAGGUAAACAUGGUACUGUUUUCAGUACUGUGAAGAUGGUUCUCUUCUUACUAAUGCAGAUCUCCGGGGUAACUGAUGCUGAACACUUGACCUGCACCAGAGCAGCUUAUGUUUGGGGUCAUAGACUAUCCUCAAUGAGCACAGAUCUCUGUGAACUGACUGAGAGAGAAGGACAGAGAUAGAGACAAAAUGAAGCUUUUUCUGCCUGUUUGAUGUUUGUUUGUGGUUUCCCAAGGUGUAAGAACAAUUUUUAGAUAUGGUUUUAUUUCCUUCUUUUAUUCAGUGGUACUGUUGUGGAGGUUUCUGAGCAUGUUGAGCUCAGAAACAAUGAAGUGUACCAUACCAUCAUAGUAGGGCUGGUCGAUAUGGGAAAAGGUUUAUCACGAUAUAUUUUUUCAUAUCAGUUGAUAUCGAUAUAUAUCAUGGUAUAAAAAAAUGAAAUUUAACAGUGCUUAUUGGUAGCAUGUCUUUUGCAAUACAAAAAGCUAUUGCAUCAGUGAGGUCUUUGUGUCUCUUUGAGGUUUUGUUGUAAGGCGUUGCGCUAGAGAAAGCGGAUCUUAUGGUCGGCUGUUUCAGCUGCACAGGCAACACAGGCUCCUUGCUCCGCUAGGGGUUUGUAAAAUUUGAAAAGAUUUGAGGUAUUCCCUGACUUUGCGAGAACAUGUACUCGACAUAAUUCGCAGCGCAUAUUACUCUGCUUCAUGUCCCACCUCAAAAAACCAAAAUACCUCCACACCACCGACGUUUUUGGGCCAGUGUUGUUGACGAUGUGAUCAUCUGUUGAGCCUUCAUCUGCAUUUCUGCCAGGGGUAGUACUCAUUUUCUUUUUUUCUCACCAACAGUGCUGUGGGUUUCACCUGUUAAAGUGCUAUGGUUACAUCUAGCUGCAGCCUGUUACUAUGCAGUUGUUUGCUUCCUGGUUCUAAUUCAAGACAUGAUUGGUUCAGUGGGAAGCGGACCCAGAGCAACUCCCCUUUUCAUUGGCUAUUCAUAUAGUCUACCAGAACAUGGCAGAAUGCAGACUAUUAAAAAGCAUAUUGACCAUAUUUUAUUUUGAUAUUGAAGGAAUUUAAUUUUCGUUCUAUAGCGUUAUCAUUUUAUCGCCCAGCCCUACAUCAUAUUAUAUUAUAUUGUAUGUGACUGUAUUGUAUUUUACUGUAUUGUGUCAUAUUACAGUCAAAAGUUGCGUCUACUUUCUUGAAGUUAUUUGCUUCCUUGUCCCUCUUGCAGGCAGUGGGCAGCACACUGAUGGUGAUUCAGUAUACCAGCGUCUUGCUUUGAAAGAGGAGGUGUUAAUGGUUGGCAGUGGAAGCCUUGAGUCUGGCAGGGGGAUUUCUUAUAAACUCUGCCAACUGUUGAUUUCAAUUAAUCUCAGAACAUUUAUUUUUGAACUGUAUGUGCUAAUUUCCUCCUCUUGAAAACCUCCAGUGAUAAUUUAAUGUAAACUUUGUCUUUAUCAGUCAGGGGAACUUAGUCCUGCACUGUAGAGAAGAGAGGCAAAGGGUAGGAGGACUAGCGCUGGCAGUUAAAAGCCUGUAUUGUAACUGACUCCACCUUAUAUUUCAUUCAGUUUUCAUCCACUUCAGAUGCAUAGAUGUCAUAAAAUUUCAAGCCAGUGUCUAGACAGCUCAUAAACUUUUAAUAAAAGUAAUGAGCGAUAGGCGACUGCAGAUUACAUUACAGUCUGAGGAGGUAGAAACAUGUUUCAGAAAUAUCAAUAUGCUAAAAGUAAAUCAACUUGAUGUUUUGUUGGCACAACAACUACAUCUCAGAAUUGAUAUGACUUUCUGUGAUGUGUUCUCAUCUUAUGUGAAAAUUGUGCAGGGAAAACCCUUCAUAAGCCCAACCCAUUUGUUCUUCCAUCCAGAUUUAGAUGAUAAUGUCUCUGCCCAUCCCUUAUCUCCUCUGCCAGGGCUCAUGAGGACAGAUAACCAAAAAACACUCAGGGUAUGUUGAACUCACUCCAAAGUAAAGGCUUGCAAAAAGAUGGUUUAAAUUUUGUAUCACCAGAGCUUCAUGAUGAUCGUCCUCGGGUCACAGAGAGUCUGGUUUGAGAUGUUCUUGCAUCACUCCCUUUCUGUGAUUUAAUAGUUUGUUGCUUUUAUUCUCUUGGGUAGAAAAUGUUUCAAACCUGGUUGAAUCAUGCUGUGACAGAUGUGAUAUUUUCGUCUCUUUCUGUCAGCGCUGUGCUGUUCCUGCAAGGUUGUGUUUAAUGCUCAUUAUUAAUUUAGUCUGACGUUUGAAAACUCUCCGAUUCAAAUGUUCACAUCUUCUCUUUCUCACGUUGUCUGUGGUGCAGCUCGGCUGCAUCGCCCUCUCUUCAGUCGGUGUAUCAGGAGCAGGAUGAAUGAACUUGAAUGAACUGUUUGUUUACUCUGUUUAUGUUCCUUCUGGUUCUUCUCAGUGAGUGCUGUGUGCUUUUUUCUAUCACGAGAAACCUCUUUAAACAAUAAGUUCUUGUAAUAUAUGAUCAGAAGAGCCCCGAACAGAUUCAGUAUGCCUUUGUGUGUCUCUCUGCAGUUUUUAAGCAGCCAUUCAGAGCCUGAGUUAAAAAUAGAGCAGAGAGUAUUUUUAGCAGAGCAGAGCUAAAUGGAGCUGAGGGGCUCACAGACACUGACUGGAGUUCCCUUAAUCAGCUGUUACGUCACAGCUGGAGCUCAGUGCAGCUGCUGGCUCACAAAUUUAGACUGUAAUGAGACAGUUAUGUAACAGGCUGUGUUUUAUUAAUGUAGAACUGGGGAGAGAGGCACAAAGACUACUAUAGAACUGAUUUAAUAUCUGCUUGAAUCAAACGUCUCUUGACGUACCGUUAGGUUUCUUUCACAUCCUGAGAGACACCAGAGCCCAUCUAAGACAGGCAGUCUCUAUGUGGUUGUUAAAUCUGCUCCAUAGUUCAGUUUACAGUUUUUACAGCAGUACUGAUCAUCCAAAUCUACCAGGUAAAGUGUUUGAAAACAUUUGGAACCUCUUAUACCCGGAACACAUGUCCUUAUAAUCAACUGCAAGUCAAGGAGGCCGGUAACAGUCAUUUUCCCCUCAUAGGAGUGGCUUUACAUGAUUUGUACUUGAAAUAAACUGUAAUUAUCUGAUAAUGGUGUCCUCAGCGUCCUGUGCUGCUCACAGCUUGCGGUUUUGAGCCUCUAUGGAGGAUGUCGUAGUAAAAAAUAAACACAAUAAUCUUCAUUUAUAUAUGAAUAUAUAGGUGAAAUAUUAAGUUUGUGACCGUGUAUAAGUAUUAUAAAUAUGUAAAGUUAAAAUAUCACUGUAGAAACUGUUGAUAAAAGGGGUAGGAUUAAAUAAAUCUAAACUUCUUCCUACUCCCUUUCGAACAAGCAGGUUGUUGCCAGCAAUCUUUGUGUUCUUUUAUUUAUGGUAUGCAUGUGUUUGUGUAUGGUUACUACCUAUAUUCUGUUUUCUUUAUUGCAUGUAUGAAAUAAAGCAUUCAUUCAUUCAUUCAUAACCCCAAAUUAGUGUAAUCUGUUGUCAAGAAUCGUUUUGUAUCUAAUGCAUGCAAAUCUACUAAGACUUGUGGACUGGGCCUCACAGAAAUCGCCCCGAGAUCUGGUGUUGAAUAAACUAGGUUUUGCUGACAUCCUAGAGUUAGUACUAAAUUCUGGCCAGAAAGUCAGAGAGAAUUUAACAGUCUUGGUGUGAGCUUCUGUCUCCACUGAUCAGUGAAUAAAACUCAGUCGAACCAGCCACAGAUUUGGGCCUGAAGGAGUGUUUCUCUCUCUUUCUUCCACAAGGGUCUAAAUAGAUGGAACAGCACCAGGUCUCAGUAAAAGUUGAGAUGUAAAUCCAGCUUGUACAGGCCUUCACUGACAAAGCAGCCAACAGUGAAGUGGCUACACAAACAGCUGUGUUGAGAGACUGGUGCCUGGAAAACACGAACGCUUCAGUAGUGACCACCUGGUUUUAACUUCUUGAGGUUUAUUGGUAAAUGUGUAAACUUCAUUGCAGACUGAUUGCUUCUGUACAGAGUAGAAAACAAAGCUUAGCAGGUAAAAGAAAAAGGUAUUUCAUAUAGGGCUGGGAGAUACGGCCUCAAAUCAAUAUCACGAUACAUUGAGCAGUUCACCUCGAUAACAAUAAAUGGACGAUAACUACUCCACAAGCUCUCACCUCCUCCCACAUUAACUUUGUCUACUUCAGCCACUACAACUCUUGAACCGUCCUCCAUCCCCUCACCUGUCUUUCCCUCUUUGUUACAGACUGGAUGGGGUGGAGUCACGUCUUUGAUGUAGGACAGCGUCUUAAAGGGACAUGAGACCAUAGCCUACCUUCACACAUCCAAAACCAACUUUUAUUUAUUGAUUUUUUUGACACUGAAUAUACCGAUAUGGGCAAAAUGACAUCAGUUACGGUCGUAAAUUUCGGUAUCUGUAAAUUUUCGAUUUAUCGCCCAGCCCUAAUUUCACUCAUACUGACUCUGUGUGACACUCAGACUGUAGUUUCAUGUCCUGAGGUGUCGUACCAGCCCUGCAGUGAGACUCUAACUGGUCUCUGAGCUGUCUGUUCAGGUCAUCAAUCUGGUUCUGAUUCUCAUCAUGAAGCUUCUGUCACCCUUAGAGCUCACCUGUCUGUUUCAUUGCCCCUCAGCUCCUCACAUGUGAGUGAUAGAUCCUCCCACAGAGAAAGGGCGAGAGGGAGCCGUUCAUCACGUCUCUGAGUUUAUGUGUUGAGGAUGAGAUAGAUCCUGGCCUCCACAGGAUCAUCUCUGAGGUCCUGUAAAACCUGUCAAAGGUUUCUAAUCAGAGCUGAAAACACAUGACCCUACACAAACACACACACACACACACACACACACACACACACACACACACACACACACACACACUUGUAUGUGUGUGUGUGUGUGUAAUCUGCAGUGAGUGCAUCCACUCCGGGUUUAUGAGCAGUGAUAAAUGUUUUUAUUUGUGACAUCAGGCAAAGCUGCACUGUAAAACAGGCUGACCUUGGUCUGGGUUAUAUCUACACUUUGUGGUUUGAAUUCUAAACAGAUAAUCUUUUCAGGCAUGAUGAGCAUGUUAUUAAUCUAACACACAAACACACACACACACAAACACACACACCUGCAGCUCUUUGAGAGCAGAGGAUAAAAAGUCAUCAGCUGUGAACAAACUUUAUGAAUGUCUUCCAAUUACAGGGCUGGUACUGAGGGUUAUCAUUAGUUUUGAUUUAUCUGCUGGUAAACUUUAAUAUUUGUAAUCAUUAUUAUGAUGAAAGUUUUACUGGGUAGACCUCAUUUGAGGUUGUGCAUACACCAUAUGAAGCUAAUCUUGGCCUGAAAUGAUGCUUUCAGGCUGAGAUGAUCAGCUGGGUGACAAAUGUGCAUCUUGCUGUUUGUCAGACAAACUUUUCAAACCCCCCAAACUUUUCCACAGAAGAACAUUACAAUGAGAUUGUAACACAAGACAGGAAAUAUUUCGAGUUUCUGCUUCUAAAAACUUUAGAGAAAUGCAGACUUAUAAUUUCAUUUGGCUGAGCUUAUUGAUUAUUUGAUGCUUUCUGCACCUGAGCCCUCACACACACUCUGAGUCUCUCAGGCAGACGCCGUGUGUUGUGUGUUCAGGUGUGUGUGUUUGUGUAUCUGUGGAUGUGUGUGUGGAGUCACCUUGUGUCAGCUGCAGAGGAUGAUGGAAUGCACGUCUGAGAAGGCGGGAGAAGGAAUAAUCCUGAAACUGAUCUCAGGUCAGCUUUCAAAGUCUGACACAGCAUAAAAAGAGGAAACUGACGCCUAAUGGUGGUGGUGGAAGGAGAUCGGUACAUAUUAAUGCUGCUGUGGGUGGAGAUGAGAUUGUGGGCGUUGGCUUUGGAAAACAGCAGCAUGUGGUCACAAAUAUCUUAUUGAUCAUAAACUGUGUGAGGUCUGAGGUCUCAAAAACUUGCUUGUAACCGAAAUCUGUUUCAGCAAAUUCAGAUACAGCCUAUCAUCUGACAGUCGCAUGAUUCAUCCUGUUUCUCUGUUAAAUUCACUAAUUCACUCAUUCAAAACAUUUAUUCAAGAGUAUAAAUCCUUACUCUGCAGUGAUGUUGAAAUACAGAGAAAUGAAUAAUUAACAUGAUGAAGAAAAGAGAAAACUUGUAAAAACAAUAAACAUUGCUGGAGGUGAAUGAGUUCAUUAUUUUUAUAGUGCAGAAGGAAUGGCUCUGUGCAUUAUGAGAGUCGGCUGUAAAUAAUUCAACAUGUUUGGUGCACAAAGUAUGAAUUUAGUUUUUUUUAUGUUUCAAAUGCACUUUUUGGACUUCAGGACUAAGUGAGAAAAAAUCUCUAUCCGCGAGAUGGUCUUCAGUGCCUGUGAUGUUGCUGCAUCUUUAACAUUCAGGCCAAAUACAGUAGUGGCAGAGUUAGCACAGGGUGACCAGGUCAUGUGACAGGGAUCAGGAAUAUGUGAGAUUCAAAGAAAGAAAGAGAGAGACAGAGAGAGAGAGAGAGAGAGAGAGAGAGAGAGAGAGAGAGAGAGAGAGAGAGAAAUUAUGCAGCAUGACUCUGUUGUGGAACCUUGAGUUGAGAUUCAAACCAAACCCCAUUCAAAUAACAGCCAUUUUAAAGGUAUUUCCCCCCCGUCUUUCCAACAGGCCUGGUAAAUCCUGAUUUUAGACUUUCCCAAAUCUACAUCAUGAUUACAGUUACAAUGUCAUUUAGUAGACACUUUAAUCCAAAGCAACGUACAUACGAAUCAUACACCAGUGGAGGAAAAAACUGGGAGCAAUGUAGGUGAAGUGUCUUGCCCAAGGACACAACUGACAGACUAGGGACAGGGGGAAUCAAACCGCCAACCUUCCAGUUGCUGGACAACUACUCUACCUCCUAAGUCACUGCCGCCAUGAUGUUAUCUUAGCAUCCUUUCAGCCUUUUUACUGCCAUUACAUCACAGUGUUAAUUUACUAUUUUGAGGUCAUAGAUGUCAGAUCUUAGCCCACUUUAGUGUGACCUGCUAAAAACAGUGAAACUGGGACUAAGUGAAGGCUGAUGAAUUUCUCUGCUGCACUGCCAAAACAAAACCCGAGUAGUUGGUGUCCAUAAGAGAAAUCCUGGUACUUAUCAUAAACAACAGUUUAUUAAACUAGGCACUGGUCAGCCUCAACUUGAAGCAGGAGAAAAGUCCAUCCAGACAUUUAUAGGUCAUAGGAAAAGAAGGAGGAUCAACCCAGUCCAAGUUUUUUUAUUUAAAGUUAAAACAAAGGCAAAGUUUUCUGUCCCUAAAGCUCAGUUUCAAACUUUUUUUUAUCACAGUAUCAAAGCUGCACACGAAAACUGUUUAACCUCAACAUUUUCCUUUAAUAUAAGCUGUGGACUUUUUGAUCAAAUCACAUGAACUUUAGAAAACGUUUCCCCCUGCCUGAUGGUAAACUUUAUACCUAUGUGAAGCCGAAUUUUGUAAAGGUCAGAGACGAGGGAACAACAGGACCACAGAGGGACAGAAAAGUUCACCUGCAUCACAGUCUGACUCAUAGCGAGAGGAAUGAGUACAGAACACACAGGACAUGCCACUAAAAUAUAAGUUUAGGUUCUUAUGAAAUAAGACAAAUGCACAAAUAAUGAUGAUAAAGAGAAACUAAACAAACUGGAGGCGUAAAAGGUUUGAAUUCAAAUUUAGUCUUUUGUUAACAAACUGAACAUUUCAGGUUCUAGUUAAAGCUCCCAUAGGGGAUUUUGGUGCAUUCAUGAAGUAGACAGAAAUUUAAUUUGAGGCUUUUACAGGUUACCUAAAAGCAACAGAUGGGAGGGGGUUGUUGUCGUGCGGUGGAGGAAAAUGCUAUUUCCAAACAGAAUAUUCACAGGAAACGAUACAGCUGAAAGCUUCAAAAUAUUACCCUGCUUAUUCAUUAUGACUCACAUGAAACUGGUGAUGCUUUCAACUAGGGUCAUAAUUACUUUGUUCACAAGAAGAGACAGUAUGAAUGUUCCUUCUUAUGGGAAUUUUCGUGAAAAAUAUUUCUAAGAGCUCAGGAGUUGUGACGUGUCUGAUGACGUUUUCAGAAACAGAGCAGCCAUUGAAUCCAGUUUUUCCCCCAGAGUACUGUAACUCAGUUUGCUGUGCUGUGAAAUCUUUGUUACAACAAUCUUUCUUGUCCGUGAAACCACUUGGAUGUUAAGCCUUUCUCAUACUUUCCCGACUUUAUGACCUUAAUCUUUACUUUACAAGUUCCAUUCAAGGGCAGUCAAAACGACUAUCGAUGAAAACAUUAAACCAGGUGAACAAGACCUCUGCAAAAAUACUUAUGCUGAGGUUUCUGUCCUCAUUUAACUUCUCUGUCUUCUCAAAGCACUGCAGCUGAACAACUUUUGAACACAAAUGAGGCAAAUGUUGUUGUUGCUUUUAUCACCAUCACUUAUGGCUCAGCACCUAUAGAUGUUUUUGCCUGGGGUGUUUGACAGGAUGUUGUUUCAUUUUUUUCCUAACGGAGAUGGUCGAGGUCUAGUAGCUCUUCAGGCUUCUCUCACAUUUGUGCCCACUACCUGUCAUUAGGACCAGCCUGAGACCGAAACUAAUGUUUUUGCCGCGGUGUAGAGACCUGAAAUGUGCCGUAUUCCUUUCUGCUGACAGAUAAGGUGCAAUGUGUUGUGAGGUCUCUGUUGUUGCUUUUGCCAUCCAUAAUCAUAAUCAUUGAGGUUGAUUUGGACCACUAAAGUUAAGUACUAAAGAGAGCCAGGUAUGAUCAAGUCAGAUUUUACAGAUUUGCAGCUCAGCAUCAUGAAUCGAGCCGAACAGUUGGGAUGUCAUAAAGAAAGUAUCUGGUAAAAUCUGAAGGUCUCACUGAGAGUCAGACUGUCAGCUGGUGUAACAUCUGCUGCUGUGUGUGUGAAUGUCACAGUUCUGGGUCAGUAGUUUGUCAGUCAGUUCAUCCUGCAGAUUCAGCCCCCCCUCAGGUGUGAUGUUUAGAAGCUGCAGGUCUGAAAUAUAAAAACAGGAGCUUCAGAGUUUAACUUUGAACCAGGAGACAGAAUCUGAUUUUUCUUCAUGCAUUAUGCAUGAAACACGCAGCGCUCUGUCCCUAUGCCUCCUGCUGAUAUUGACAGACUGCAUACAUACUGUUACAACACACACAUAUGCAUCUGCAAACUCCUCGAGCUCCCCUGUGCAGGGCUUACAGGCACAUAGAAUACAUACAGAUUAACACUGGGCUGUGGUCAGGAUGUAGCUACAGGACAACACAAAACAAACAGAACUGAGCCAACAGGCUUCUCAGUGCCUUGUCUUCUUUAAAAAAUACUGUUUGACAGGUUCUUAAAUACUGAUUUCCAACACCUCCUCACAUCUAAAGACAGUGUAUCUUGUUUGUAUCCCUGUCCUGUUAUGCUUCCUGUCAGGGACCUGUCUGGUAAGGAUGCACCUACUGGUUGUUGACGUCAUUCAUAUUGUUGAACAACCUGAUUUGCAUGGGACAGGAAUUGGGACUUGAGCAGGUUUGAAUCUAGCAGGUUUGAAUUUACUGUAAGACCACCUUAAACUGAAAGACAGAGAUCAUGGGGGCACACUCUGACUUUAGCAGAACUCAAACCUGACCAGCUCCUUUAGUAAAAUAAUUAUCUAUUGCACCAAGUGCCCUCUGCAGGCCUGUCGACUUCUGCUGUGAUUACUGAAAAUGCAGUGCGUUUUGGACUGCAUCACUUGUGCAUUUGCAUGUUUCCCUUUUGGGUUAAUUUAUGUGGUUUCUAGAAUUGAAGCCUGUUUUCCCCCUGAAAACCUUUUAGGCUGCUUUAACAUUUUUAUUCCUGACGGCAACAGUAACUUCUGUCCAAGGUUUUAAAGUUACAACAGUUUAGACACCGGCAGUAUAAAACAUAAGCAUACUUUGAUGCUAUUUUUAGACCUUUUAUAUGAUGAGAACACUAAGGUUGUAUCGCAGUAAAUCGUCCUCUCAAGGCUGAAACUGAAUUGUAAAGUGGUUCUCCCUCUGACCAAUCAGAGGGCUGCAGUGUUUAAAGGGAAGUGAGUAAUUUUUAAUCAAAAUGUGCGGUGUAAAUGAUACUCAUAUGUUCGCUCUUAAUGUUCACACUGCUCCAACAUACACACACAGACUAUGACCUGCAGCUGCCCAGUAACACCAGUUAACAUGCUGGACACUCAGCAGCUUACUGGAGCUGCUGGAGGGCAUUCAAGCUUUUUCCUCAAGGGCACGACAGCAGGUUAAUGGGAGUGGAGGGGGAGGUUUAGAGGGAGAGAGGUGGAUUGGAGGGCUGUUUCAUCUCCACCAUUCCCAUUAGUCCAGGACACAAACUGGAGACCAAAACAGGAACAAGCGUCACCUUAAACCGUUUAACUCAACGGACAUGGAGCUGGUUAAUGAGAAAACAAAGGUGUGAUUGUUAGGCUGAGGUCGGUCACAUGACAACAGCACUUACAGACCUCUAACACAGCACACAUUAGACCUGCCAGGAGUGUAAUUAACAUCAUUAAUACUGCCUGUUUCAUUAAGAGUCUCUGUGGGCAUGAACAACCGCAUAGCUCCACACUUUCACACUUACACACAUCCCCCCACACACACAAACUCAGAGUGACUCAAGGCCGUUUUGAGGCCUAAUGUGGGCUUUAAAAAGUUCUGUUUUUCUGGGUCAUGCCCAGAAUUUAAGUUCUUUCUUUUGUCCUUUUUGUUUUUGCCAUCAGAGAAGGAUGAAAACUCCAAUCUCCAAAAUCUACCACUUCAUGUUUUUGAAACUUCCUGCCCUACAAACACAGAUUCAAGCAGAUAGGUGGCUGCAGUCUUCCAGCUCUCUAAGAAUCCUGGGUUUGAUUGAUAAAUGUUUUUGGUCAACCACUGCCACAAACAGUGGGAAAAAUGGUGGUUAGCAGACUCAUUAACAAAUAAUGAUUAGUCACUGAUACUAUAUAAGCUGUGUCUACAUUCAAGGGCUGAAUCCUUCAGAAGAAACAAGUUAUGUUGGAUAAAUCUCAGGUAGCCUCUAAAUACCACUGACUGAGACUGGGCCUACAGAGGACUUUCUUACCCUACAGUCACAGUAACAGGCAACAGGUGGCUAGCUGGCCGAUAAGCUAACAUAGCAAAGACCCCUUUCAGUUUUUAACAAUUUUAUCAAUAACUAUGUGAUCAUGUUGAAAAGAAAUAAAUCAAAAGCAUGUUUCUUGUGUAUUUCUACCCUCUUAGCUGUAAACAGCUUGUCACCAGCAGGGUCUCGGUAGUCUAUGUCACUGUGCUAAAGCAAGAGCGUAGCAGAAUGCUGCACAACAGGUGACAGUGAUAAAAUACCCUCUCUUUAAUUGUAGUUCUAUAUACUUGUUAUUGCUAACAGUCAAACUGCUAAUAUUGGAUUGCAUCCAAAUCCAAACCAGCCACUGUAAACUCACAAACAAGGUUAGCUAACAUUGAUUGUGAUCCAAAUUGGCUGCAGCGGAGCGGAUUAGCUGCUGACUCAGUUGUUAGCAUUUUGGUGUUUGUAACCCGUGGCCAGCAAAGUCCUGGAGUGUGUAAUACAACUCACCUCUCCUGAAUGACUCCAUAGCAACCAUUGCAAAGUAAGCUAAUGUCAGCUAAGAAGGCAAACUGAGCACAUGAUGAAACUGGUUUAUUCAGAGUUUUAUUUGGUGAAUCACAAAGUCAAACAUAAUGGAUUGAAAUUGCUUCAUCCAGCCAAACAAGCCCCCCACCCCACCACCAUUCACUGAUAAGUGAAACCCUUGCUUUUAAAACAAGAUGGAUCACUGGGAGGCAAGCAGGUGUUUUAAAGAAAGAGAAAAAUGUGGAUAACACCAUCCCUGGAAUGUUUAUUAUAAGGAAAAAUACGCAAGAGGAUGAGCUAAAGCAUUCUGCAUUAGAGGAGACCUAUUUACGGUGGUCGAGAACCGCCACUGCCGCAAAUAAAUAAUGAAAUGGUGCAGAUAAUUUUUUUAAAAAGCCACGACCGAAGUUAACGAUGCAAAAAAAGUGGCAAUACCAAAUGACACAUUGAAAAGCACACGAAGCAGCUCCCUUCCGUUGUGGCUUUUUUUAUUUGCAUCCUUUUAUUUUUGCAGUAACUUUUUUUUUUUUUUUUUUUUUUUUUUUGCAUCGCCAUUUUUUUGUCAACUUCCAUUGUAGCUUUUUUUAAAAUCUGCCAUGUCUCUUUUUUUAUUUGCAGCAGUCUUUGGUUCCUUUCUUUUUUUUUUUUCUUUGCAUCAGUAACUUCCGUUGUGGCCUCUUUUUUUUUUUUGCUUUCUUUUUUAUUUGCAGCAGUGCAUCCUUAUAUCCUUACCACUUACACACUGCAAUUUCAACACAGUGCAACCCCCUUUGUACAAACAUACUGCAUCCCAUAAUUGCGUAAUAUUGGUGUCUGGGUGAUUUCAAAUUAUGAUGGAAGAGUAAUAUCAAUAUAUAUUUUUUAAAGUCACAUGGCUGAGAUUUGCUGGUUCCUAAUAGAAAUAUGACCUCACUCACACUCCACUUCUAAUCCCUGUCUGUUCACUCGGUGUGUGAGGAUUCAGCUUGUGGAGGAACCUGCUCUGUAGUGUUCAGAUGAAGCACCUUAACCUCUGUAUCGUGUGUGUGUGUGUGUGUGUGUGUGUGUGUGUGUGUGUGUGUGUGUGUGUGUGUGUGUGUGUGUGUGUGUGUGUAUCAGUGUCACUCUCAGUAUUAGCUUUGAUGUGGACCCAGCAGCACAUGGUCAUGCAUAUGUAUUGAAACCAUCACCACUGGAUUCUCUCCAUCUUUUUGUCCUCCUUUGUCCACCCCUACAUGCCCCCUCCCUACCCUCCUCUUCCUCCUCCUCUUCCUCCUCCUCUUCCUCCUCUCCUUCCCUGAACUUGACUGUCAUCAUUAAUCAGCGGCGAGCUUCGUCAUUCCGGCUCAUCCUGCCAGCGGAGGUGUUCCAGGAUUGAAGGAGAGCCUCAUCUCCCAACAUCCUGCUUCCAUUUCUCCUCCUCCUCCUCCUCCCCCUCAUCUCCCAUUCAGAGCCUUCAUCGUCUGUGAAGGCUCUGCAUGGAGGAUGAGGGGGAGGAAUCGAAGUGGGGGGCUAAUAAAGAAUGUGUUAGUGGGGGGAAUACAGGGACUGGGAGAUGGAUAAGAUGAUGGAAGAGGGGAUGAAUGUCAGGUAAUCAGGGGAAAGGAAGAAAGAGGGGACAGGGUGAUUUGUAACUGAGCGGUGGAGGUGGAGGAGGGCAUUUGAAGGUUAGCGUAGGGUUACAGUGACAAUUGUGAGCAGCAGGGGGCAGCACAGGGACAGCAAACCCUCUCUGUGUGCAGCCUUGGAGCCCUCUUUGGAUCCUGUUUGCUCUCACUGAGGCUUGUCUCUGUUUUAAUGGCUCCAUGCUCUCUGAUGAACGACUUCAAUUAAACCACCCUGGCUGGUUGGGUUGGGGUGGUGGUGGUGAGGGGAUCGGUUCAGCUACAAUGAUCUAAGCAGUAGAAGAAGAGAAGCGGUAAAAACAGUGCUGUCUGUUCUGGAGGCUUUUAAAGAAGCUAGCUGAGUUGUGUUGGUAAUAAAGCUCUUCAUCUCUCUCUGGGGGAUUUAAACGCUGAUGCUAAUGAGCUCUGAUCAACAUCAUGUUUAUCUCCACCUUAAAUCUACUGGCUAAUUAUCCUCCAACAAACACGCCUCGAUGUUUUAUUUAAAACAUCACUCUGAUUUGUUUGAUAGUGGGUUAAGUUUUAAUGGUGUUGUCCUCAUAGCUUGUUGGGAUCUGAAAUUGAACUCGACAAACUGACACUUUACCCAUUAAUCUCUAAAUGACAGUUUCUAAGCCUGGAGUUCAACUUUUUGGCUCACACUCCUUUUUAAUUUAUUUGAUUUUACACAGAAGUAACCACAUUUGAUAGAAUAAAGCUGCAGGAGAAAGAAAAGGCAUGAAGGCCACCUACCAGCUUGUUUACAUCCCCUUGGUUUGAUUGCAUGUUUGCAAGGAAAAGCUUGACUUCAUUGUUAUGCAAUCAUCAUCAAUGAUUGUUCAUUCCCCACUCUGUGCACAGUUUAAAGGUUGCUUUAACAGUUUAUGCUCCCAAUACACUCUUGAAAUAAUUGGGUUAAAAAAAAAACAAUUUGGGUAGUUUCCCAACCCAGCGCUGGUUACAACUACUCUGCUGAGUUUGGCAGUUUUUCUUUUUUUUUUAAUAUGUUUUUCUUUUCUUUUCAAAAGAAACAAUACAGAACAAGAGGUUGUAUCUUGCAUCCACUCCAAUCCAGGUCACAAAGUCAUCCAUUGACUGUCUGUAUCAACCUGAAACAUCAAGACAGGGGGCUCUAUUUUCGUGGUUUUGGUGAGCGGCGCAGCUCAGCGUAAGUAUCCCCCCACCCUAACUCAGCUCCUCUCAGCAGCGUAAGUCGUAGGGAGGGAGGAGAGAGGGCGUGGAGUGGAUUUAACACAGCCGAGACCUGUAUUGACCAAUAACAUCAGCUCCUCUCCUCGCCUUUUAAUCCGCCACAGGUGAUGCGUAUUACAAUUUUCGUGAAGUAGUCAAAGAGAUCAAGAGAUGGCUGAAGACAGCUAUUCCACACGAUGGCAACAGAAGGCAGCCCCUCAACAAGUGGCGCUGUAAGCGCUGCAUUGGGUGUCCUGCACACUCUCUCAUAUAAGCACAGAUGGAUUUGGUGUGUGUAAUGUUGGACCCGCUGGUAAGAAAAACACCCUUUUCCACAAAUAAAGACACUCACAUAAAGUUGCAUAUAUUCAAACCUCAUGUGACAAAGGUGAGUUGAGCGCACAGAUCACAACAUAAAUUCCAAUAAUGGCAUUAAAAUCGGAACCACCUGAGCAUAAAGGACUCAUCGCGCUCCGUGGCCUGGCUCUUUCUUUCAUAGAUGUUGGCAAACGAAAUACAUUUGACUCACAAAACUGAAUAUUAUAUUUGUAUGUCGGCUUAAAGUGAAUAACUCAUCUGAUCACUGAAACAAACCAUUCGGUUCAGCCGCUGCAGCAGGACGGGGAGAGGACACGGAGACAUGUCCAGGUCGAGCUGUGCGAGAAAUAAGAGGAAGAGGAAGAAAGAAAAGGAGGGAGGCGAAUUACAUAUCUUGUUCACUUCAUGCGUGUCUAUUUACUAGAUAUUUAAUUCAAUUUGAUGCGGUUUCAGCUGUGUUAAUUCGGUCAAGUUAAGUCUCCAAACGCGUGCCAAACGCGCUCAUCAGAUCAGAUAUAGAUCAGAUUAUAUCUAUAUAGAUCUAAAUGUAUGUGCUGACUCAGAUUAUUAGUUGUUGAUGAUUAUUUAUUGCACUGAAAUGUGCCUGACACUGCGGAAACCUGCCAUAAGGCAUCGGUGACGUAUGUCGAUACGCCGCCGGUCUACCAAAAUGACCAGGUUUGAAUCGGCAAGCUUUCAGCGCACUUUACACACCGGCAGUGAGCAUGAAAAUAUCACUGUGCCAGCUGAUCCUGUCGACACCUCCCCCUGCCACGCCACCCCGCCCAGCUUGGUGGACCUCGGUGCACCUCAGUCCAAAAAAAUACCAAACCGGCUGUACGCCUGGCUCCGCCAGACGAAAAUACCAUUGCGCGGGGUCCGCCACCCUCCGCCACAUCACCGGCAGACAUGAAAAUAGAGCCCAGAGAGUACAUUAAAGCAGUAAUUCAACAUUUCUGACCACACCACACUGCACAUCAGCUAACGUGUUCGCUACUUACAUUUGAGGCAACAUACUUUGUGCUACUAACGUUGCCUAACCAUUAGCUUGCUCACCUACCAAUCGAUUCCUGAAGGCAGAAGCUGGUAUACAACAGUGCUUCACAAACUUACAUCUUAACAACAAAAUGAGGAUUUGUAUGAUAGUAUCAAGUCAUCUAUUUGGUAAAGCAAUAUGGGAAUGUAACAAACCUUGCUUUGUACGUCACUUCGCUUCAGCAGUUGUGGCUUUUAUCUGGUGAAUGGGCGGUGCUUGGUUUCAAAUGCCCAAAUGUCUACCUAAUGUGUUGGGUAGUCCACAAUAAACCAACAAAACUGUAUAGAAAUUACAACCCAACAGCUAAUAGCUCUGUUCCUAACAUAAAUAACCUUGCGAAUUGGGUACUCAGAAUACCCAACUAAGUGAAAAUAACCCAAAUAAAUUGACCAACAGGCUCAACCUUGUGGUUGGGUUGAAAAACAACCCAGCAUUUUUUUUGUGUAUAAUACAAUACAAGGACUUUAUGUGUCUCCAAAGGGAAAUUCAUUCAUCAGGGAUCCCAUGUCAUCUACUAUUUAUCGUGAUUGCAUCACUGGAGAAGACAUGCAAUAAGCAUGAGUGCACCAUGUUCCUUUAAGGUGUUUGACAUGUUACAUUGAUCCACUGGUUUGCUGGUGCUGUCCAGUGUUUCUACAUUGAGCUAUAUUUACAAGAGCCUCUAGUGUGGGCAGGUUUAUUUUAUCAAAGAGGAAAAAGCUCUCCAAAAUAUCCAUAUAUUGUGGGUGUUUCACCAUCCAGUGCUGUUUUAAUGAUUCCUUAGGAAAACCAUUAUACUGCAGAGUAAUGAUCUCCUUUUAGAUUGUAAAUGUGUAUAAAAGAUAAGAAGCCUGGAAUAAAAAAGAAAAACUCACUGAACUAAAAGGGUAUAUAUCUCUGCACAUUUUUCAUUAAAAUUCAAGAUAAAUGACUAACCUUUACACCCCUGCAAAUAAAAAGGCUUAAAGUAAGUAAAAAUGCAAUAAACGCAGCUGGGAGAGAGGGAAAAUGUACAGCGAUUAGAACACUUAAACAUCGAAACUAGUUUAAAUGUCCCUUUGUACAAUAUUAUGUGUUUUUUAUCGUGCAAAAUUACCCUUUUGUUGUCGGUUUAUUGAUUCUUUCACACAGAAUGACGUUGUUUACUCUGAUAGUUUCUGAGAUUCAGUCUUCUUACAGCAAAUCUUUGCAAUGCUGCCAUGACCGCGACCCCCCACCCCCCCUAAAAAAAAGGGUCAUGUGACUCAUGCUGCCAAUUAAAAAACAACACUUAAACACAAACACUCAUAUGUACAGACUCUUCAGAGUGUGGAGGAGCUUUUGUGAAUUUUUCGCUGAGAUCGACCCGUUCACCCAGCAGACCCAUCGAUGAUGUCACUGCUGAUGUCAGAGCAUAAAUAUUACAUCCAAUAUUAUGCAAUAUAACCUGAAAACUUUAUAAGUAGUAGGCCAAGUCUUCUCUGAGCAUCAUAUAUUUAGCAGGAGUUUUGGAGAGAGCCUUUUACUGUAAUUUUAUGAGUCAGAGUCCAGAGCAGUCCCUGAUCUUCACAUAUUGAUUAUAGUGCUAUGAAAUCAUCUGCAGAGAUAAAUAUGGCCUGUGCAUGCUGUAGACAGAUGGAUGAAUGUUAUUGUGUGGAGAUGGAGCAUCAUGCAGCUGCAUUAUUAAUGCUCGCUCUGUGGGAGUGUUGGCUGCUCUCACAGAGAAGUUGAUUACAUGUGUCGUCCACUAAGCACGUCUCGAAUGAGGAAAAAGCUGCAGCCAUGAACUGAUAUGAGCUCUUAGGUUUUAUCUCAUGGUACUGAUACUUCCAUGUCUCCCACUUGAUCUUAUUAACCUGUGAGAAAUCAACCUUUAUAUGUUUCAAAGGGAUAUUUCACCAUAAAAUUAAUGUAGGGUUAAACACACCGUAACACUGAGUUAGACACCCCCUCGAGAGAAGAAUGUUGCUGACUACUUACUUCUCUAGUCAUACCAUUUUUAGUAACGACCACGGGAUAGCAAUACAUAGCAGUCUCAGGAGCCAAGCACAAACACCAAUCAAAAAGCCAUUUUAUAGCCAUAAAUAAUGAUCAGAACAGCACCUAACUUCAUCAACAGUACAUAUAGAAUCCCAGUCAUAGCACUAGCCACCAAACAUCUUUAGCUAAACACAACUCACCUACUUCCAGCAGCUGCUUGUUUGUAACGAGACCUCAGACCAGUCCAUCAUUGACUGAGGUGGGGUUACACAGCUCAAGGAAGAACAUUUAUGAUCAUUUCUUCAUGGAAAUGCGAUCAGACUGAGAUGCUAAGGCAGAAGAACUACCGCGUCUGCGAGGUCUCGCUACAAACAAGCGGCUGCUGGAAGAGAGUGGGUUAGUUGUGUUUAGUUUCUUUGCUAAAGAAAUUAGGUGCUUAGUGUUACUUAGUUAGGUGCUUAGUGUUACUUAGUGUUACAGUGUGUUUGACCCUAACUUAAUUUUACGUAAUUUUUAUAUCCCUUUAAGUAUGUGUGCUUUUUGGAGGGAUCUGUUGCUCUUUGAUUGUUAAAUAAAGGUGUGGAGGCUUUGUUAAAAAAAAAAUUUCUACUUCGGCUUCUCCAGUCUGAAAUGUCUUUAGGGAAAAUACAUUUACAUUCAUAGGUGAGCCUGGAAAGUUCACUGCAUGGAUACUCACUGCAAAAACAAGCUGCAAAAACAGAGUGGCCUGCGCAGAGGAGGACAGGAGGUAGAGAGUAGGAGCACGUAAACAGAGCUGCAGCUGAAUGGACAAUAAAAGCUGAACCUGAGCUGGUGCACAACAUUUCGGAUGCAUUAAGAAACAACAGGAGUGGAUAUCAUCCCGCUACCUGCUCAUCAGAGCUCACAGCUGCUGCUAUUGUGAGCCUUAUCACAUUCAUGAUCUGACAUUCACAUGCACACAGGAGAACCUGGUUAUUCCUAUCCCUGUGUACAUGAUCAUUACUUGUAUCCUUGUUUCUGAUCAUUACAUAUUGUUCCUUAACGUUUAUUUUGUGCAACACAAACUUGCAUUUUUGAAAUCUGAGAGAAGAUGAGACCACUGCGGCUUAUUUAGGGUUUGGCAAUUUAAGACAUGGCAGUGCAUAUAUAGUAUAUCCACUUAAUUUCAGUAAUAGGAAAAGAGAGUGACAGCGUGUAUUAAAAAUGUCUCAGACUCUGACUGGUGUCACUCUGUCAUUUGUACCACACACGACAGGGAGGGAAAUGGGUGAAGAUCCACAGCUGUGAUAGGCAACAAAACCCAAUUUCUUUGCUGCUCCAAAAGUACAACGAUCUUAUUGCAGUCACUGUGUUUAUUUUACUGAAACCUCACUUGGCUGAGGAAAUGCAUUUAGAGGCAGCUGUCAGAAACUGGACAUGACACAGAAUCUUGUUUUCUUUCAGGGUUCUCCAGCUCCAAGUAGCAAAAUCAGGUCUCUCAAAACUAGAGCAAGGGCUUAUCUGGGUUUCUGGAGUUAGGAUUUGACAGGGAACUAACAUCCUCAUCAAAAUUUAGGUACUUAACACACACCAGUCACAUUUGGCUUCACGUCAGAGUGAUCAAGAUAGUUCUAAGAACACAGAGACUUUGUUGAGAUCAAAUACUUGAACAAGACAUGGCAAGAAGGUGCACAGACUAAGAAAAAGGAAUCAAGCCGACCUGAAUUGACUUUACAGCAAGACAGAUGUCAGAGGUAGAAAAGAGUUUUGCAGGGUGGGUCUAAUCUCAGGCAGUAAAGUUCAGACGAACUACUGACAUUUCAGCAGCCAUAGAAGACGAUAUGAUGUAUACCCUCAAUAUUUCACCCAGGCUGCUCCAUAAAAGGUGAUUUAAAGAGAUGUCACCGUAAUCUGUGAGGGACUGGAAGGAUGGGAAAGCUCAGUGAGAUCACAUCUCUACUAACAGAAGCUCUGGAUCACUAGGGGUUGAGGUCCGUUUGUUGUUUUCUGCAUGAAGCAUUUUCUCCGGUCUACAUUGUUGUAUCUGUUUUGGGCUUCUGCAUGAGUUUGCCAAUCAGGAGAUGGUUUCUCCCUAUGAUUAUAAUUAUUUAGUCUGUUUCAAAUUGAUUGCCAUUGUUAGUUACUGUAGUAUCAUCGACAACAACCUUGUCAAUGGGAUUGGGGAUGGAAAUUAGCUGCUUGGCUGUAAUCCCAUGCAUUUACAUGUAAAUGUUCAUUAAUGGAUAUUGUCCCAUUUAAGAAAAAAAAAAAAUCAGAUUCAGACAAAUUUAUUAAUCCCUGAAGGGCAAUUUAUUUCACAGUAACCCACCUUGGUAUUAAACGAUCAAGGAAAAGACAAAUGCACAUGGCCCAAACGUUCCCCUGUCAGCACCACAAAUCAGUAACAAAUAAAUAAAUAGAUAAUGAAUACUUGUGCAAUAUGUUCAACAGUGAAAUGACUAAAAUGCAAUAAGAAAUAACGCCAUAAAAGAAGUGAAAUAAGAACUAAAACAAUCCUGAGACCCCAAUUUCAACACAGGCCACCAAUCAGCUACUUCCCAGCAUUUAGCAGCCUGAUCGCUGAGGGGAUAAACGAGUCAGAGUACCUAUUUGUUUUCCUUGAGGGAGAAUAGUAGCGCCGCCCAGAGGGCAUAAGAGAAAAGUAGGAGAAGAGAAUGUGUCCAGGCUAGUCCAUAAUUCCUCUGGCUUUCUAGACCACUUGUUUCUCCCAGAGAGAGCUCAGGUCUAUCAGCUGUACUCCAGUAAUUUUGAAGCAGACUUUAACGAUCUGGUUCUGGUAAAUCCUAAAUAAGUCCAGUUUAUUCUCCCUGAGAGUGAUAGCCAGUUUUUCGUAAUACUUAUUUCCGGUGAAGCCAAUAAAGACUUCUGGCCUGAGAAGGAAUGGUGGAGAUGGUGUGAAGAAUUACUGUCAAAGAACAGAUAGUUGGCUGCACCUGAAUUCAGAUAUCUGUGCAGACAUUAAUAAAAGAUAAAUUGUAUUUAAAUGGCUGCUGAUAGCUUCUGGAAGUGCAGCUACCUUGUAAUAACAAUCUGAGUCUGUUAGAGGUAAAAUAAAGCAUGUGUUGUGGACGCAGUUUGAUGAUGUGCAAUUUCCCAGUCAAACUUUACUUAUUUUGUGGCUGCCGGCUGCUCUGCUCCUCCUCAAUACAGGUCCAAUCUCAGAAAUUGUUCUCCCCAUCAGUCAAACACACAGGAAAAUAGGGACCCAGGCUGAAAAAUACCAAAGAUCUCCUUUAACGAAGCAGGACAGACAACCCAUGACAUAUGCUUUCCAUUACUUUCUGUGCUGAUCCUGAUCACUUACCUCAGGUGCUUCAUCCGCAACAACCAGUUGGUUGGGCAACAUCUGAGGGGCUGAAGAUAAGUGUGUGUAUUUGAAGAGUUUAGUAACACUAAAGGUGAGAUUAGACUGUCUGUAGAGGAUCCCCUCUGCAGCCGCUCAGUGAUUGGUUUACGGUUUGCCUGAGGAGGUGGAAAAAAAACCACAGAAGAAGAAGUGAGAAUGAACUGUCUGUGUGUGGCUGUGCAGUGUCCUUAAGGCUCUGUGUUUGAUCCUCCCUGUCCUCUCUGUUACAGAAACCUGCUCCUCACAUACUCUCUCUCUCCCCCUCUCUCUCUGUCCUCCGGAUGUGAGGAGUAUGUCGGGUCACACUCUCUGACACCUGAAACUAGAUUAGAGAUGAGAGAUUACUCUGCUAUCUUUAGCCGUGUUUCAUGUUCGGGGGGUUGGGGGGGGAGUCUUCUCUCUGUCUGAUGAUGGAUGGAGGUCAGAUCUCUCUCCGAGAAAUAGGGAGGGAAAAGCAGGGAUUCCUUGGAGCGGGUCACAAGGAGGAAGAAAAGUUAGAAAAAAAAGGAGAAAGUAUAAACUGAAGGACAGAGCUGGUGCCUUGAGCUGCACACUUUUACCUCUCUCCUUUGGUCCUCUGACUCUUGUUCUCUCUCUGUAAAGUGUGGUUUAUCCAGGUGCAAAACAGAGUCACUCAUUUCUAAUACAGCUGAAUUUUUGUUUCUUUUGAAUCCUGCAGACCUGAACAGUGCACUGCAGACGGAGGACCACUAAUGUAAAAAAAAGAGAUUUCUGCAAGCAAAGUAAAGCUUUUGAAUAGAUCUUUUUUUUACAUUUUGUGACAGAGUAAAUCGUGUGCAGUGGUUGAAAACCUGUUCCGACACUGGUUCUCUGCUGCCACUGCGCUGAAGCUGUCUCGGAUCCUCUAUGGGUCUCUAGCCUGAUUCUACGCGACCCAUAGACUGUAUAUAGAAUGGACGCCGUCUGCCUCCUCACUGGGUGAAGCCACCCCGAGAACAGCACCCUCUGGUGAUGGGCUGCAGGAAAGGUCAUAAAUCCCGCCAACGAAGUUGUCCACAGUAUAAACAGUCUCAGAUGUCACCUAAACUAAAAUCAAUCCAUAAAACAAGCUGAUUUAAAAGUUUUCCAUCUGUAUAUAUCAGUGGCGAUUGCUCUAAGACUGCAAGGGAAGCUCGGCUUCCCUUAAAAUGUCACCCCCCAAAAAAAAGAAAAAGUGGUGAAGUACGUACUACUGUGUGUACAUUUCAUUAACUAAAUAUGCGCUGGAAAGCCUUCAUCUUUUGUUCAGACACUGUGAUAAGAAGCUGAUAAUCACAGGUAACCGGCAUAACUUCGUUCUCAUUCAUCCUCGCAGCGCUUCAGUGCUUUACACAGUCGGACGCUGGGCUUCUGCUGACUUCAAUGUGGAAGCUCAAAGUAGGUUGUUCCAGCAGCGAAACUAGACGCUCAUUGGAUAAAUGCUGGGCGUUGUCCCGCCCAUCGGAAGCUCAGCUUCACUGGAGUUCUAUGACGAGGGGGCGGUCCCAACUUUCUCCCGGACUCCGAGCUUCUGCAUCCAUGAUUGGAUGAGCUGUCUGAGGCGAAAUCCUUUUUUGAUUGACAGCUAAACAAGCGAAUCAGCGAUCUUGAAGAAUAAAACAUCUACCAGAGCAUUUUCCAAGUUAUUCAUUCCGUUGUUCUUAACUGCUCCGGAGACUUUACCGAUCCUCAGCGACUUUUGUCUUUGUUAAAAACGACUGCCGUUGUGUUUGGCGACUCUGUUCUGUUACAUACUAAUAAACAAACACAAUUAUGAUGUAGGCCAGAAAAAUGAGCUUCCCCUCCAUGAGAGACCAGCAGCCGCCACUGGUAUAUAUGUAACAAAGUGAAAAAAUAUCAAAAUGUUCAGCUGCAGACGGAUGACCUGCCAAACAUCAUUUUACCUUGGCACAUCAGGCCCUUUGGAUCUCCCUGCCCGGCCCUUCAUGAGGUCCGUCAAUCAAAUCAUCAACAUGCUCUAAAAGUGUGUCUCUUUUAUUUUGAAAACCUAGCCAUUGUUUUAUUUCCGUUUGGACACACAUGCGUACAUCCUGGAUCUGCAUUCAUAAACAGAGACAAGUUUAAACAUCGGCAAAAUAUUCAUAGACGCCUUGGAGUUGUCAAGUCCACUUAUUAUAAAAGACUUUAAGCUUGUUUCUCUCAGAAGUCUCUGUAAAACUCGUGAGUCGUGGGUGCGCUUUUUUUGGGGGGUUUGUUUUUCACUAGUAGUUGCUUAUUUGGGCUUACUUUUCUGUAUGUGUGAACCCCCCCUAUUUGAAGUUGAAGUUAUUGUUGGUUCGGCCCUCCAACACAGUUAAGGUUUCUCAUGUGGCCCCAUGUAAAAAUUAAUUGCCCACCCCUGUUCUAUGCCAUAUUAUUCCUCUGAAGAGUCAACAUAAGCAUUUUGACAUUUUAACACUGCAGUGAAGUUUACUUACAGUAUAUAGGAAGUAUUCCACACUGAUGUACAGCUCUCUGCAGAUCACUAACCCUCACUGCACUCACAGUUUGAGGGGCUCUAAGUGCACAGUACAGGACCUCCAGAGGCCAAUAGUAGUAUAAGCAGUGAUAAAAUGUGAAGCUGUGAGUGAAAAUAAAAACGCCUUCAUGCAUUAUACAACAUGAUGAGGUCAGGGUUUUCCUCCGCGUGUGGUUGUGUUUGAUUGUUUUACUGCUAAAGACCUGCAGUGGGGAAAAUGUGUCUGUGCACACACAGCCACCUGCUGCUGCAUUAGGGAGUGUUUCACCAUAAAUCACAGCCUCACGUGUCCUCCUCUUCCCCGUCUCCUCUCUUAAUGUCGUUUUUUGUGCUUCACAGGAAACGUCUUCGUGGUGAGCCUGGCUUUUGCUGACCUGGUGGUGGCGUUCUAUCCCUACCCUCUGGUGUUGUACGCUAUCUUCCAUGAUGGCUGGUCUCUGGGUGACACACAGUGUAAGGUAAGCCAGAACUCUGUAUCUAUUUUUUGUUUUAUCAUCACUAAGUGUGGUUGUUUUCUUUAGACCAAAGUUAUAAAAUCCUGAAGAGAGAAACCUCAAUAAGAAAUUGAUGUGUGAAAACGGGGUUCACAGGUGGUAAAAAGCACUUCCACAAGAUUAAAACUGUCUUCUCUUUUGGUCUAAACUUGGCUUUGCACUGAUGUGGGAAAUAUCACUGCAUAUUCAUCGAGCUUUACCUGCCUUUUGCUUCUUGUUCUCAGGGUUCCUCCCUCUCACAGUUUAACAUUUGGAAGCCAAAAAGACACAGUGGUGCUGAUUGACUUCCUGAUGACUGCUCAUUGAUUUGUAAAAGGCCUUGGGGUGCAUGAAACUCUGCCCUUCUUAUCCUUAUUUGCCUGCAUGUAAGCUACUUUCAAACUGCAGAUAAUGAAACUAAUGAAGCCAAAUGCUAUUCAAUUUGGAAGGUGUUAAAUACAGCGGCAUCACACUUGAAGCAACUUGAAAAACACUUUUACGGGUGAUAUUUCCCACCGGUUUAUAUCCUUUUACUGCAUCAACUAUUGGUUGAACUGGCUUCUGAUUGGCUCCAGGGUAUCAAUUAUUGCUUCAAAAUAAACUUGUCAUGCAUGAACACAGUCAAAGCCUCUCUUUAUGAGUUACCCAUCGACAAGCUGCCAUCUGAUUCUAGCGGUGAGGGAACUGAGCACCUCUGUAAACUAAGAUGAAAAUCUGUUAACAGGAAAGCAGCUGAAAAGAAAGAAACUGGAUUUAUAUUGUGAUAGUUAACACAGAAGGCAUGAUUUGCAGGAUUGUAUGUGUUAAAUCUGUUAUGAGCCAAAAAGUUAAACGAGCCUCAAUAACAAUAAAAACCUCAUAUGCUAAUAACAGAGCAAAGAGCUUCAGUGGACUUUAUACCAAGACAACAAUCCCCCCUCUGAAUGACCUGGAUAUAAUGUAUCAGAAAAUUAAGUUUGUUUUAUUACUUUCACAUUUCAAUUUUCAUAAUAGUCUGAGUUUAUCUACAGAUACAGGCUGUACCAUCCUAGCAUGUAUGGCAGAGUUUAUUAAUUCAUGGUUUACAGUCAACAUGGUCAAAAUAAUACAAGGUCUAUGUUAAUGGCUGACAGUAUUCAUAGCCUUUAAUAAACAUGACCCUGUUGACAUUGUCUACAAUAAAUCUGGCCCCCAGUAAACAUGGUCCACAAUGAGUUUGACCCACAGUCAACAUGGCUAACCAUAAACAUAGCCCGUAGAAAACACUGCUGACAGUGCACAUGGCCUACAAUAAAUUUGACCCACAGUAAACAUGGCUCACAGUUAGCAAGGCUCUCUAUAAAGAUUACUGACAGUAAACAUGGCCUACAGUAAACAUUACACUGUUCAUAUUAUCUCAUGUUAAUGUGGGCUACAGUUAACAUUGCCCGUUAUUAACAUUACUCAAAGUUGGUCGUAGACUCUCUGUCACUUCUUGACUCUCAAUUGAACAACAGCACCGUGAAGCAGACAUGGAGAGUUUAUUUACCCACUGAGCAAUAGACGGUUAUAAACGUCUAGUUUUUUGUAAACCUUAUUAUAACCGUCUAAAUUCUGUAUAUUUUUAAACAGAAUUUAGAUGUUGCAUUUUAACCCAUUAUUCGAUAGCUAUUUAUUUCAAAAAGCAACUGUGAGUUGAAUGACUGAUCUGCAAGUACUUAACCAAAAUAAUUAUGAUAGCCGUUGAACAAUAUACAGUGUAGUAUAGAUAUAGCCACGAUUUAGACCUGGUCUAAAUUUAGACAUCUAAAAAAUAUUCAUUUUUGGACCUGUGGUAGCCUGUUUUUAGACCGGUCGCCUUGGCUACAUUUAGACGUCUAUUAGACUUCCUUUAGACCAAAAACUGCUCAGUGGGUAGGCUUGGGGUGCAAGGCUUUUGAAAGUUGAACCGCAUUUGUUUGUGUGGAAAAUAAGUGGGUUUAGCUAAAAAAAGAUAGUCAUUGGACACAUACCCAAAUUCCUUUCAAGGGAAGUGUCCGUACUGUUCCCCUAAUGUCCCAUAAUUUCUGAUAAUGGACAGCUUUUUGGGCCUUUUCCUUUACAUAAUAAGGACAUUAAACCAAUUAUCUACUUACUGUGCUUUAAUUGAUUAAGCACUGAGCUGUCUGCUCGUCUUGUUUCUCUUUGUCUUCUCCAGGUGAGCGGCUUUCUCAUGGGCCUCAGCGUCAUAGGUUCCAUCUUCAACAUCACGGGCAUCGCCAUCAACCGUUACUGCUACAUCUGCCACAGCUUCAGCUACGAUAAGUUGUACAGCUACAGGAACACGUUACUGCUGGUGGCGCUUAUCUGGCUGCUCACCAUCGUCGCCAUCGUGCCAAACUUCUUCGUAGGCUCACUGCAAUACGACCCACGGAUCUACUCCUGCACGUUCGCCCAGACUGUCAGCACCUCCUAUACCAUCACCGUGGUCAUCAUCCACUUCUUUGUGCCCAUCGCUGUGGUGACCUUCUGCUACCUGCGGAUCUGGAUCCUGGUCAUCCAGGUAAGGCGUCGAGUGAAGUCAGAGGUCAGCCCUCGUAUUAAGCCAAGCGACCUGAGGAACUUCAUCACCAUGUUCGUGGUGUUUGUGCUGUUUGCAAUCUGCUGGGCGCCAUUAAACUUUAUCGGCCUCGCAGUGGCGAUCAACCCAGACAUUGUGGCCCCCCGCAUCCCCGAGUGGCUGUUUGUGGUCAGCUACUUCAUGGCAUACUUCAACAGUUGCCUUAACGCCAUCAUCUACGGCCUGCUCAACCAGAACUUCCGUAGGGAGUACAAGCGGAUCGUCAUGUCCGUGUGGAUGCCUCACCUGUUCUUCCAGGAGACAUCAAGAGGAGGCACCGAGGCCAUGAAGAGCAAACCCUCCCCGGGAUUGAAUAACAAUGAGCAGAUGAAGGGAGAGUCUUUGUGA